GCAAGUUUGACGGCCUUCUUCUCCCUGGAAUGCGAUUCUACAUGAUGAAUGGCUGUAGUUCCUUCUCUUCAGCUAGCAGUAUUUAUUCUGCGGCAUGUGCUUUGUGUCUUGCUUAAUACUAAUUCACAUAAAAUCCCAGUGAAGAAGAGCCACCCAUCUACGCAUAUGGAAAUAGUCUCGACACGCAGUAACAAUAAUCAUCCAAGAGAGCUGAGAGUUAGAAAGCUAUGUACAGAUAAAAAUUAUGAUACAGACAAGUGGUAAAUGUGGGAGAAAAGGCAUUUAAAAGGAGAAAACCACUGAAUGUAAAUGGGUUAUUACUUCAAUCAACCAAUUAGAAAUCUGAAGUCUCUCUUCUGUCUCUUCUAGGGCAACAAUAUAAUUAAUUAAAAGGAAAUGUCUGAAUGCUUCUAAGUUCUGCUUCUGUAUGUCAUUCACCAUAGGGUCCGGGAGAGUCAACCAGGCCUCCCAUGAACUAAUAAAUAUAAACCAUAAAAAAAAAAAAAAGAAGAAGCCACAAAGAUGUUUCAUGCUCCGUUGACAUCACGGGUCAGCUGACUCUCCUCUUCCACUCAGUGAAUGACUAGCUGGAGUCUUUUCUGUCUCAGAACCGGGGUUGAGUUAACACUCUUUCAGGCCUCAUAGGCGACCACAGAACCACAAGCAAACUGCAAUCUCCAAUUUAGAAGAGUACCUGUACCUCAGCGAGGAGGUUUUUCCCCCCCACCCCGGUUGUUAACACCAGCUGUAUUUUUGUCUGUCUAGGGUAAGUUCCAUUCAUUCAUUCAUUUUGCUCUCCAUACCUUAUGCCGCCCUCUCUCUAUCUCUUUGCAAACCCUGUUUUCUUCCCCCUGUUUCGUACUAAUGAUCCAGCGUGCAUAUGCUUCUGUUGAAAACCUUGUGGCUAAGCAUUCCUGUGGCACGGCAAAGCCAGAUUCUUGGUUACAAACAGGCACUUAGCUUCCUUGUGGAUUUCUCUCUCUCUCUUUCUCUCUUUUGUAUUUCAGUUCAAACUUAUUUUUUCAAGACUAGCGGGGGGAAUAUAAACAAACCACAAGGAUUGGCCGAGGAAUCAUCUUGGGCUGGGGUCAUGGCUUCCAACAGCAUCUUUGACUCGUUUGCAACCUAUUCGCCCACCUUCCUCCGUGACCCCAGCACCAGCAGGCGCUUCACACCUCCCUCCACGGCCUUCCCCUGCGGUAAGAUGGGCGAGAACAGCGGGGCGCUGAGCGCGCCGGCGCCGGGCUCCCGAAGUCGGCCCGAGGUGCGCUCGGUGGUGGACGUGCUGGCGGACCACCCGGGCGAGCUGGUGCGGACAGACAGCCCCAACUUCUUGUGCUCGGUGCUGCCGUCACACUGGAGAUGCAACAAGACCCUGCCGGUGGCCUUCAAGGUGGUAGCCCUUGGAGAUGUACCUGAUGGGACUUUAGUAACAGUCAUGGCUGGAAACGAUGAGAAUUAUUCUGCAGAGCUCAGAAAUGCCUCAGCAGUCAUGAAAAAUCAAGUGGCAAGGUUUAAUGACCUGAGAUUUGUUGGGCGAAGUGGCAGAGGAAAAAGCUUUACAUUGACCAUCACAGUGUUCACAAACCCCACACAAGUCGCUACCUAUCACCGAGCCAUUAAAGUGACUGUGGAUGGACCCCGGGAGCCAAGAAGGCACAGACAAAAGCUAGAAGACCAAGCCAAGUCCUACACAGACCGCUAUAGCGAACUGGAACGUCUGCGCCAGUCAAUGAGAGUUACCCCAACAACUCCCAACCCCCGAGGAUCCCUGACCACGCCAGGCCACUUUGGGUCACAGACUCAAACUCCAAUACAAGGCACGUCGGAUCUGAGCCCCUUCUCCGACCCACGUCAGUUUGAUCGCUCCUUUCCCACACUGCCGACCCUGACCGAGACCAGGUUUUCCGAUCCCCGGAUGCAUUACCCCGGCGCAAUGUCAGCGGCCUUCCCUUACCCCCCGACGCCCUCAGCCUCAGGGAUCAGUGGCAUCAGCAUGACCAGCAUGCCCACCACGACCCGCUUCCACCACACCUACCUUCCGCCACCCUACCCUGGCUCCACCCAGAACCAAAGUGGACCCUUCCAAACCAACCCUUCCCCUUACCAUUUGUACUACGGUACGUCGUCCGGAUCAUACCAAUUCUCCAUGGUGGCGGGGGGUGAGCGCUCACCCACAAGGAUGCUGUCCUCCUGCACGAGUGCCUCAGCGGGCAACAACUUAAUGAAUCCCAACCUUGCCAAUCAGAAUGAUGGCGUUGAUGCGGAUGGUAGCCACAGUAACUCGCCUACAGCCAUGACGACUACCGGGAGGAUGGAUGAAUCUGUCUGGAGACCCUACUAGGAAGGACUCAAGGAGGCACGUGUAACUUGAACCGAAUAAAACGCCCAUCAAUGUGUUACUCCUGUCAAUCGCAAAUAGAUCAAAAUGAGGCCUAGCACAGGACAUCUCCCAAUCUGAAGGCAAAUCAGGAUCCUUCCCUCACCAAUAUAGGUAAUUGGCAAACAAAGACCGACCAGAGCUAUAUACAGUUCAAAACACACGUCCACAAGGCUUGAAUUGGUCACUCAGUAAGGUUCCUUUGGUCACUUUGAAAUGGGUGGAUUGUAUAUAGGAGUGUGUGGAAUCAGAUGUUUGUUAAUUGCCCAGCUGUGGCUAUGUCCAGAAUGCCUUUCCAUCAUCUCGCUCUUAACCAAAAAAAACCCCUAUCCUCCUGCAGAAUCAUAAGUAUUAGAGAAAAUUUUAAAAAGGCCCCAGAAAUCAGCCAAUCCAUCUCUCUGCAAAUGCAGGAAGAAUGAACUAAGAAGCCUUAGCCACUCGCCCCCUCCGAAAAGGGCCUUUAACCACCAAACAAACCAGAGCUGCCCGCAUCAGCUGAGACGCGAGUCUUGUUUACAGCAAAACAGGUGUGACUGGCUCUCACUGACGCAGUUAAGGCUCUGAAGAAUAUUGCUAGCGAGUGAGCAGGUAUCAGCCAUGUGAACAAGUGCUGUGAUAUGAUUUUGAAAGUGGUUGUGUUGUGAUUUUUGUUUGUUUGUUUGUUUGUUUUUAACAGUAACAUGGCUGAUCCCACGCUUGACGACCUCCCCAAUCCCCUUCCCAUAUGUUUACAUGAGAUGUAAUUUUUUAACACAAUGUGUUUUCCUUUUGUCCUGACUUGGACGUUAAUUUCUUGCUACUUCUAGUUAGUCUCGAUGGUUGCGUCCAAGACGAAGAAUGCGUUUGGGACAAUCCAGUGUGUGAGGUGCACUUACAAACAUGUUUGCUGCAAAGAGGACUUGGAAGCCUUUGGAAUAAUAUGAAAUCCAGCGUAGCAGCUUCUCCUCUCUCAUUUCCAAGUGGCACACAGGCAGCUGUGGCAAUACUUAGUAUUUAUUUUAUGAUUCCCUUCCAUUUUUACACCUAGAGUGGCUCUACACACCAUGCAUUUGUGCUUAAAGAAAGGAGAUUGUCAGCUGUUUCUUAAAGUACUGACUGAGAUUUGAAUGACCCCUCAAUUUUAAAUAAAAUGUAACCCCCUGGCUUUAUUUUAGACAAAUGAAAUCAUAAUAUAUAGCACUUCUCAUCUCAAAGUGUUUAGCCUAAUUAUGCCUCAUAUCACAACCCCUGUGGUGAUUUAGGGCACUAUUAUUAUCCCCAUUUUACAGACAGGUAAAUUGAGGUAGAGGGAUUUGUCAAAGGCCACAUACAGUGGCACUCCUGACCCAUGCUUACCACUGGUAAUAGAGCAGCAGCUAGAGGCCUCAGCUGAGAUUACGGCCCAUCAUGCUGAGUGCUGCACAGACACAUAGUGACCAUCCUCCACAGUGAUCUUACAACUGAAAUAGACAACGCGUAGGGAAGUAAACGGGCAUCACACAGUAGCUCUGUGGCAGAGUCUGGGCUAGAAGCCAGCAUUCCUGGGUCCUUGAGAUCUCCCUAGACCACACUGCCCCUCCACAUUGCUAGCUGACAUAAAUUAGUUCCCUGUGCUUCAAACAGGAAUUAGGGCCUGGUCCUAACAUAACCUUACUCACACAAGUUGUUCCAUUGAAGACGAUGAGACGACUCUUAUGAAUAAAGUACGUUUGCCUGUAUAACAGUUUGCCACUUCAGCUUGCAGCUGGGUUGUAAGAGCUACCACUCUAGGUCACUGAAUGUAGCACACCAGUGGCAGGGAUGGGAACAGAACCCAGGACUUGUGUGUCGCAAUAGCUACUUUAAGCAGAGGGGGGUCCUACUUCUGUGUU